UUUUUCCGUGAAGAUAACUCGCACCGGUAGUUUAGAUGGAUGUUUUUGAACCAUGUUGAGACGAUGGUUCCCCUCAGCAUGAAAUUAACAUUUCAGCAUGCUGAUAGCAUCAUGCAAGCAAGGAAUUUCUGUUUUGUAUCCUGCCGCAUCGCCGAGCUAUGCUGCGCCGUGGUAGCUUAAAAUGGCGAGCACGCAAAGGGAUCACUGGUCUCAUGUCUGGUUGCAGUGCUUACUUCUUAGUCUGCUUCUCUGCAGAAAUGUCGUCUUAGCAGAUACCAAUAAGUACUACCACACGUCAACACUGUGUCUGCAUGAGAAUGACCAGGCAAUGUAUAAGAAAGUGGACGGCGCAGUUGUCACCUCUGAGAAUGAAGACGACAUGAGAUGCGUCGUUACUUUCCAGACCGACUCCAUCCUGCAAGCUUUCAUGCUGCGCUUCGACCAUCUUGCCCUCGACUGCAACGAUCAUCUCUACAUCUUUGACGGGGCACAUGAGUAUGGGAAGUACGAAUUCGACCUCUCAUGCCGGAGUACUCGCACUGACGUAGGGACCAUUCUCACGAAAAGCAACUAUGUGACGCUCAAGUACAUCACUGAUAACCGCAGCCAUGCUGGGAACGGAUUCAAACUCAUUAUUACUGCUGUCAAGAAGCCAGGAGCGGGAUGUAAAAACUUCCGAUGCCUCAACGAUUUGUGUAUCUCCUUAAAUUUAACCUGUGAUGGGGUAAAUCAUUGUGGAGAUAAUAGCGAUGAAACUAGUCAAGCACUUUGUGGUGGUGAGGAAUAUUUCCCAUCUUGA